AUGCAUGCCGCAACCAUUCUUUCUCUAUUGCCGUUGGUCGAGUACAUAGAGCAGGAUGCUAUCAUCACCAUUAAAGCAACUGAAACGCAGCAGAAUGCAGAUUGGGGACUUGCACGGUUGUCGAGCUCAGGGCCUGGAAGUACCACCUACACUUAUGAUUCAAGUGCAGGUGAAGGCACGUGUGCGUACAUUGUCGACACCGGCAUCGAUAUUGAUCAUCCGGAGUUUGAGGGGCGAGCGGAAUGGCUAGCCAACUAUGCUGAUGAUGGCGACGAUACAGACGGCCAAGGGCAUGGUACACAUGUUGCUGGAACUAUCGGAUCUGUCACAUACGGUGUUGCCAAGAAGACUAAGCUCUUCGCUGUCAAGGUCCUGGAUGCUAAUGGCGAAGGCACCAACUCUGCUGUCAUCGCUGGAAUGGACUUCGUAGCCAGCGAUGCUGAGGGUCAGGAGUGCCCUAAUGGUGUCGUUGUCAAUAUGUCUCUGGGAGGAAGCUACUCUGCCGCAGUCAAUGAGGCAGCGGCAUCGAUCACCGGUGCUGGUUUGUUUCUAGCAGUUGCCGCAGGAAACGAAGCUACGGAUGCAGAAGAGUCUUCGCCCGCGUCUGAAGAGUCAGCAUGCACUGUUGGGGCUACAACUAUCGAUGACGAGCUUGCGGAGUAUUCCAACUUCGGUAGCCUUGUGGAUAUCCUAGCGCCAGGGACUGAUAUUGAGAGCACCUGGCCUGGUGGCGAAACAAACACGAUUUCUGGAACGUCCAUGGCUAGCCCACACAUUGCUGGCCUUGCUGCCUAUCUGCUCGGUCUAGGAACUGUUCCUACUGACCCUGUCGAGCUAUGCAGCUACAUUGCUAAAACAGCCCUUUCUGAUGUUAUCUCCGGCGUUCCAAGCGGCACAGCCAACGUCUUAGCGAACAACGGAAUUGCGGGAAACCCAGGAAACGAAACUAUUCCGACUAAGUUCUACUCCCGUGUCAGGCAUGUGCGAAAGUAA